ACCUAACGGAAGUAGGAAAAUCGGAUUGGCUUGUAAAAAGCCUAAAAACCGAACUACUACUCCCGCAUCAUCUUUGUCUGUGGUUUUGGCACCAAAUAACAAACUUCAACCUGCUGCUACGGCUUCUUUUAUUUGGUCUAACAUAAUAAAUAGUGCCGCUUUUUAG